AGCUCGGCUUCGGACCCAAUCAAACCCAAGAAGGGACCAAGAAGUUCCCCGACCAUGGCGCCCAGCAACAGCAACGCCACCUACCCUUUCCUCGUCCUCCUCCUCCUCCUCGCCGCCGUCGCAGUAGCUGCGGAGGCGACGCCGACGGCGUACGACAUGCUGGAGCGGUACGACUUCCCCCGGGGCAUCCUGCCGGAAGGGGUGCAAGGGUACGACCUCGGCCCGGACGGCGGCUUCCAGGUCUACUUCCCGCGGGAGUGCCAGUUCCUGCUGGGUAAGCAGUGGCUGGUCAAGUACAACAAACGCAUCGCCGGCACCGCCACGGCGGACAAGCUGGCGGCGCUGGAGGGCAUCUACGUCAAGGUGCUCUUCCUCUGGAUCCCCGUCGCCGAGGUCGACCGCGACGGCGACCGCCUCAGCUUCUACAUCGGCCCCGUCUCCACCUCCUUCCCGCUCGGCGACUUCGCCGACAGCCCGCACUGCCGCGGAUACGACGCCGCCGCCGUCGCUGUGGCCGUCUCGUGAAUUAUUGCGUAUGCUGUACAAGAUGUUGUCUUUGGUUCGGUCAUUUGCCUGGCCGUUUAAUUAGUGCCAGGCAGGGUAUUACUGAUUAGCUACUGCUGCGGUGCAUAAUACUCCAGCAAAUUUUACUUGGAAAAAGCUGUUUGAUACCAGCUUGAUCAUUUGAUCAAGACUCCCAUGAAUGAAUCACUGCUCUAAUGCUAUUUUUAUCCUGAA